AUGGGCAAGAGUUUGGAGUUGAUAGAUGUCAUGAGGAGGAGAAGGAUUAACAUUGCAUGUAUCCAAGAGACUAGAUGGAAAGGAAUGAAAGCUAAGAUGUUGGAUGAAUUUAAACUUUGGUAUGUGGGGGACCAGAGUGGUAGAGGUGGAGUUGGCAUAGUGGUGGAUAAAGAUCUAAAGAAUGAUGUCGUAGAUGUUAAACGAGUGAGAGGUAGGAUCAUUUCCUUAAAGUUGGUGUUAGAUAAAGAGGUGGUCAACUUUAUCAGCGUUUAUGCCCCCCAGGCAGGAUUGGAUGAGAGCUGCAAGCUACAAUUUUGA